UCAGUACGACAGUCGUUAGCGCGCACGACGCACGGCGCACGCGCAGUGAAAUAGUGUCGCCAUAUUUGUUCAGCUGUCAAAUUCCGGUGCAAGUAUUAUCACUGUAAUGAUGUGGAGUUUCAAGAUGGCGGUUGUACAACUUAUUUUCUGCUUAAGUCUCGUCCAUAUUACAUUUGCUAAGGGUUCGUCAGCGCUGAUAGAAUGCACGCCCGAAUACAUGAAAGUCACCAUUCCUAUGGAUGGAGACAGGAAUAUAUCUUAUCUAGACCAACUUAAAGAUUACUCACCAUGUCAACCAAUAAAAGAAGGAUCUACACAUAUAUACAUGCUGGAUCUACAGAACUAUCCCAAGUGUGCUGUGAUGAGGAUUCUCAAUAAAAUUACGGGGAAACGGACCUACUACCACAAGAUAGUUAUAGAAAAUGCAUCACGUGAUAAGGAAACGGUGAUAGUGAGGUGCGAGGUGACGAAUAAACAACACACACUUGCCAGAAGGGCUGUGGAACCUUUCCCUUUGGACUUUAGCGAGCCAGACGUACUGGAUAUCACAAGAUACGAAGAGGGCCGAGCACCGGAACCAAUAUUGGGAGCGAUUGUCAAACAAAACGGAAAGCAAGUAUCAGGCGAGAUAUCCGUUAGCCCUGGAACACCCCUCUCGAUGGAAAUAUUCCUGGACAACUCUUCGGCACCAGUUUAUGGCUUGUUGGUCAACUACAUGCAUGUUACUGACACUGGAAAACAGCAGGAAACUAUUAUAUUUAACGGAUGUUCUGUGGACCCGUAUCUAUUUGACAACUUCCUGACAAAUGACGGUGAUAACUUAACGGCUAAGUUCAGAGCCUUCAAGUUCCCGGACACAACGUACGUGCAAUUUAAGGGGACAGUCAAUGUCUGCUUGGAUAAAUGCCAGGGGGUGCAAUGCAGCAAUGGCGUGACUGGUUUUGGAAGAAAGCGUCGUGAGAUAUCGAGUACGAAUGCGAACAAAGUAUACGAGGUGUCGUUGACAACAUUCAUCAAGGUGGACUAUCUCGACGGGAACAAAGAAGCAGAGGACGUCUACGCGCUGUUGAAAAAUUUAAAAGUAGCCAAUCAGAUGCUAGGAGACUCUGAAGCAAGUAACGCUACUGUGGUAGAACCUACCAUAGACUACGGAAUUCUAUAUACAGCCACGGCGAAUGCAAACAGUUUCGAAUUUAGCGUUUCACUACUUAUUGUAUCACUUAGCUUGCUAUUUAAAUAGUUACUAAUUUAGUUAGUCGUUAGUCGGUACAAUUAUUGUAAGCCAUUAAUUAAAACUUAAAAUAAGUCUAUGGCUAAAUUUUUAUUCAAGGUUUAAGUUCUUUUUACAACGAACGAAAUAUAUUCACAAUUAAAUACUCAUAAUUGUAUAAAAUUUAUGUUUUUCAGCAAUUUCUACCAUAAUAACAUUCUAAUUUUUCUAAUCACCAAAAUAGGCUAAGUACCAAUAUUUUGAUUUAUAUAAUUUACCUCUAAUAUAGAUCAAUCAUCCGUCCCUAACUUUAGAGUAAUGUUAAAUAAUAUACAAUUAAGUGCCUUCCUAAUUAAGUUAAUGCAUCAGCAUUUAAAGUUCACUAGUCCUAAAAUAAUUACUAAAAUCUACCAUUACCGUAGCUUUCUGCCUUUUUUAAUUCGGCAGCACUGACUAAAUUAAGUGUAAUCACAGUGGCGUGAAAAAGACAUUUGAAUUUGGUUGAUAUGUAGAAAAUUUUUAAUAUUAUAAUAUUAUGCUUUGAACGAAUGAGUUUAUAUUUAUUUUCAUCACACUUGCUCGUAAAUUGGAUCUUAGAAAUAAGUGUUUUAUGAUAUCCGGGUUCAGAAGUUUUCUUAAUUUUAUUACUAAGAUGAAUAAAUAAAACUUUUGAACAAAAAACAAUUAUUAUAAAUAUAACGUAAAUAUUACUUAUCUUUUUUGGAUGGGUGGUUGAUUACUACAAUAUUUUUUCACGCAAGUGUGUUGAAAAUCUUAUAAUGAACCGCGUGUGUAUUUGCACAUCAUAACACCCUCGAUUUCCUUAUCGCUCUCGUCUGCGACGCGCGAGCAUACCACACGAGUGUAAUGACCAGGGAGCGUACAUUUCAUGCCCGUUUCGUCAUAAUGACGUAUUAAUAUAAACACACAGGAUGUUACAAAAAAUGUAGUGACAGAUAGUCUAUCAAUCCUCUCAAUCUUUCCAUCCUGUAUGUAGUUUGGCGUCAUACGCCUGUCAUCGGCAUGAUAUGUACGCUCCCUGGUAAUGACCAAUAUAGCACACUAGUUUCGUCAUGUACUAUUAUAAUACUUUAUUGACAAUGUGAUGAAGAGUGGCCUUUAUUUCCUGAUAAACCUUUGGUAGAAUCUCUAUAUUUACUUUUGGAAUAGGAUUGAUUUACUUAAGUUUUAGCUCACGUAGCUUUAUGGAAUAAGCAAAGGAACUAGCACUAUUGACUAUUUUUGUUAGUCACACUUUUUAAUAUCUUAAUUAUAUAUUUUAUCACCACAUUGUAAAUUUUGGCUUUAUUAAAAAUGGCAAGAAACUCAAUGCCACUAUUUUAAAACAUUGACUGCGUCAGCAUUUUAAAAAAAAGCACUUUACAGAUUUACCUGAGCUGGGAUAUUCACUUAAUAAUAAAGUUGUAUUUAUUGUUGCUGAAUAUUUGUUACAGUAAAUUAAACUUAAAAAGUAUGUCAUAUAGUGCCACCAACUUAUCUGUUCAGUACAGCUGCGUCUGUCGCCAUUUUGACAACGUUUGUUUUGUAAUUCCACGAUACACGGCUAAUAAUUAUUUUAGCGUUUUGUCUUUAUGGCAAUACCGAAUUUACAACUAGAAACGCUCCGAACAUGUUGGGGAAUGUAGUAGUAUAAUAAAACCUCAUUAUGACAUAUUAUGACAGUUGCAUAUGUGUACUGACUUCUGACGUGUUUAGCAUGUGAUCUAGAGUUUUAGUGGGAUUUUAUUCAAAUUCGAUUUACUAUUGAAACAACUUUUAAAAUUGACGAAUAAAACAAACAUAUUGUUAUAUGUAUUACAUGAUCUCUUAAAAUAUAUAUAUUUUUAAUAAUACCCUAAAGGAACUAAAUAAACUAUUUUGAGAGUGAAGUGUUAGAUUAAACAAUCGAAUCCAGAUGUUUUUUAAUCAAAUAAUGCGUCUUUUUUACUUUAGGCCGCUUUUCAGUGUAGCUUUGUUUGAUAUUUAUUUAAUAAAAAAAAUAUCGAAAGAACAAAUAAAUUGGGUAAAAUAAAUUUCGUAAAUAUCACUCAUUACUAGUACUAAGAUUAUAAGAUGGCGGUGCUUGUAUUAUUAAUGUGAUUUUUUAAUACAAUACAAUAUUAACAGACUA